GCCCCGCCCCCCCGGUUUCCGCGCGCCUCCCUGGCAGCUGGUCACAUGGUGAGGGUGGGGGUGAGGGGGCCUCUCUAGCUCGCGGCCUGUGUCUAUGGUCGGGCCCGUAGCGUCCAGCUGCCCGGGACCGAUCCCCGGUGUAUGGCGCCGCAGGCACCGGCUCCCGGGCCCAGAUAAAGGGUCACCUCCGCAGCUCUCGGCCGGGCGUGAGGAGAUCUCCUGCUCCGAGCAUGAUGGCUACCUCUCGAUAUGAACCAGUGGCUGAAAUCGGUGUCGGUGCCUAUGGGACGGUGUACAAGGCCCGAGAUCCCCACAGCGGCCACUUUGUGGCCCUCAAGAGUGUGAGAGUUCCUAACGGAGGAGGAGCUGGAGGGGGCCUUCCCAUCAGCACAGUUCGUGAGGUGGCCUUACUGAGGAGGUUGGAGGCCUUUGAACAUCCCAAUGUUGUACGGCUGAUGGAUGUCUGUGCUACUUCCCGAACUGACCGAGACAUCAAGGUGACCCUGGUGUUUGAGCACAUAGACCAGGACCUAAGGACAUACUUGGAGAAAGCACCCCCACCGGGCUUGCCAGUUGAGACCAUCAAGGAUCUGAUGAGGCAGUUUCUAAGCGGCCUCGAUUUUCUUCACGCAAACUGCAUUGUUCACCGAGACCUGAAACCGGAGAACAUUCUGGUGACCAGUAACGGGACAGUCAAGCUGGCUGACUUUGGCCUCGCCAGAAUCUACAGCUACCAGAUGGCCCUCACGCCUGUGGUUGUUACACUCUGGUACAGAGCUCCUGAGGUUCUUCUGCAGUCUACCUAUGCAACACCUGUGGACAUGUGGAGCGUGGGCUGUAUUUUUGCAGAGAUGUUUCGUCGAAAGCCCCUCUUCUGUGGAAACUCUGAAGCCGACCAGUUGGGCAAAAUCUUUGAUCUCAUUGGCUUGCCUCCAGAAGAAGACUGGCCUCGAGAGGUGUCUCUGCCCCGAGGAGCCUUUUCCGCCAGAGAGCCUCGGCCAGUGCAGGCAGUGGUGCCGGAGAUGGAGGAAUCUGGAGCGGAGCUGCUGCUGGAGAUGCUGACUUUUAACCCACAUAAGCGGAUCUCUGCCUUCCGAGCCCUGCAGCACUCUUACCUACACAAGGAAGAGAGUGACCCAGAGUGAGAAGAGCCGCGGCCUUUCCUCGCCUCUGGACACUUCGAGUGGCCAACACCUCAACCUCUGCCUUCCUCUGGGGCCGUGGAGACUCCUCCACUUUUUUACAGAGAAUAUUUUAAGCCUUAAUGACAUUCCCCCUCCUCUUCGUGAGGCCUGCCCUCUUACCCUCCCCUUUCUCUACACUAAAGGGUGGGUACCUGUCUCCUUCCCUCCCUCAUUUAUAUUGGGAUCUUUUUUAUACAGCAAAACAAGACAAAGAAAAACGGC